UACGACUCGGCUCAGAUCCGAACUGGUCGCUAUAGUCACCCAGGAGAGGCGGGAUCUGGGGUCUUGGCAGGGGUUGUUGUCUGCGGCUUUUGACUGAUACGGGUCCAAGUCUGUAGUGGGCGACCAGGAAACAAUUUCAGGAUGCCAGAGAAUUCAGAUGAUUUUCCAUGGGUUUUCAUCAACAAUGUGGACAGUGCUCUCGGCUCCCUGAAAAACUGUGAAGCUUAUAUUGUUACAGGAAUGCAAAGUGUCACUAACACUGCCCUGGAUCUUGUGGUAACUCAGACUGAUACAGGUGAUGAUUACAAUAUGGAAAAUUUGAUGGCUGAAUAUAUUGAAAUGGAUCGAGAUAUGAACCAGUAUAUAAUGGCAGUUGAAGCUACAUUAAAUGAGGUAAAAGAUAAAAAUUACCAAAAUGUAACCCCAAAUCUAAAAGCAUUAGCUGAAGAGAAAUUAGUGGCUUUGAAAAGUAACAACAAAGAAGAUGACUUGAAAAAAGACCACAGAUUUGUGCAGUUUCGCCAACAGCUGAGAGAUGUGAAAAAGCAAUGUGGACUCCUUGUAGAUACAACAGAUGAUGACUCAGAAGAACAAAUAGAUGAAGAUAUGAUUGUGACCCAAAGUCAGACCAACUUCAUUUGUCCCAUUACUCAGUUGGAAAUGAAGAAACCAGUGAAAAAUAAAGUAUGCGGACACACCUAUGAAGAGGAAGCCAUUAGAAGAAUCAUUGAGUCGAAACACAAAAGAAAGAAAAAGGCAUGCUGCCCCAAAGUUGGUUGUAGUCAUGCAGAUGUAAAGCUGACAGAUCUUGUGCAAGAUGUAGUACUCAGAAGAGCCAUCGAAAACCACAGAAGAAUGGCCAACAGUCAGAACAAAUAGAGACAAUGCAGAUGUCUACAGCUCAUGUGUUCUCAUUUAGGAAAGAAGGUCCAUCAGUGUCUAUUGAAAUCACUUACUUUUUGUAAGCUGAUUAGAACAGGUUGUUUAUUUCAUUUGCAGAUAAAAUUAAAGAUUUCAAACAUAAUCAAAAGCAUUUUAACUGCCAAGUAACAACUUUCUUUAAAUUUUUCCUCUUUAAAACUUUGUUAAAUAAACUUAUUUCUUUAUAGUUUUCUUAUUUGGUGAAUUUUUCAAAAGAUGUAGACAUUCACAUAAAUGGCUUUUUGUCUUUCAAAGUAUUUAGUAUUUAGACUGCAUUGUGACUUCUAAUCCUUCAUCCCCUCAAUUCUUUUCAUAAUCCCAUGCUGGCUAUUCUCUCUUCCCCUUCACCCCUUGGUGACCCAUUUCUUCUCUAUACUGUCCAUUUCUCCCAAGCACUUUCCCCCUUAUGCUACUAAAGAUCUUGCUCUCCCACUAUCUUUUCUGUUUUCCCUGCUACUUAACUUGAUGCUGAACAGAGCUGGAGAAAAUUAUGAAAACAUGCCACCUAGGUCCUUUACCAAUUUGUUAUAUAUUCUUAACUGGAUCCUCACUGCUGCUAGGCAAUUAUUUUAUACCUUCCACAUUUAUUCUUUAUUCCAUUUACCACAGCAGCUUUUCCAAACCUUUUUAUUUUACCCCAAACCUCCCCUGUAUCUCUGCCCUUCACCUUUUCAGCUCAGAACUUUGCCUGGUAUUUCACUGAAAAAACAAGAUAUUUACUAAGCUCCUUAUCUUCUUUUCAUCUCAUGACACUCAAAUAACUUCUACCACUAUUUCUUGCUUCACCUGUCUCACUCAAAAAGGUGGCUUUUCUUGACAAAGCUAAUCCUUUUUCAUGCCCGAGCAUUCCUAUUCCAUCCCAUCUUCUACAGCAGAUUUCCCUCUCUGUCACUAAUGUUCAAUUUCUUCCUCUCUACUAGCCGAUUCCCUAAAAUCUACAAAACUCUAAUGGGCUUUCUCAAUUCUUAUCCUCUGCACUUCUUUCUCUCUUUAAUAUAUCCCUUGGAUGUAUUGGAUGAGAUCAUCAGCUUUAAGAGAUUCCUCUAUACGUAUAAUUCUUGGAUCUAUUUAUUCUACUUGAAACUCUCUUCAUAUCUACUUUCAAAUCUCCAUCUGUUUAUUAGACAUCUCAAAAUGGAUAUCCUAUAGAUAUCUUCAGUUCAAAAUGUCCAAAGCUGAACUCAUUAUUGUAACUCCAGAAUCCUCCCUCUUCCAUCCAACUGGAGGAUGGCACCACCAUCUUCCCAGUCUCUCAGUCUCACAACUUUAACUCCUCACUCUCUUGCCUAACCCUAUUCAAUAUUUGAUCAGUUUUCUCUCUCGUACUCGGACACUUCCACCUCCAUGAAACAGGCCUUAUCACUUCAUUUCUAGACUAUUACAAUAACCUGCUAGUUGGUCUGCUUGCCACAAGUCUCUCCCCACUCCAGUCCACCCUCCAUUCAACUUUCAUAUUGCUUUUCCUUUUUUUCUCUUUAAAAAAAAAUUAUUUUUCCCUGAUCAUAUGUAAAAACAAUUUUAAACAUUUUAUUUAAUGUUUUGAGUUCCAGUUUCUCUUAUUCCUACCCUUCCAUCCUCCCAAUUGAGAAGACAAGUAACAUGAUACAGGUUAUACAUGAUCAGUCAUGCAAAGCAUAUUUCCAUAUUAAUCCUGUUGUAAAAGGAAACACACAAGAAAAAUUAAAUUUAAAAAAAAGGAUUCUUCAAUAGUCAGAAUGCAUAUGCAUUCUGGACCCAAUUGUUUCUCUAGAAAUGGAUAGUAUUUUUCAUUAUAAAAUCUUUGGAAUUGUCUUGGAAUUUUGUAUUGCUGAGAAUAGCUAAGUCAUGCACAGUUGAUCAUACAAUAUUGUGUUCUCCCAAUUCUGCUUAUUUUACUUUGCAUCAGUUCAUCUAAGUCUUACCAAAUUUUUCUAAGAGCAUCUGCUCAUCCUUUCUUAUAACAAAUAGCAUUCCAUCACAAUCAUAUACCACAACUUGUUCAGCCAAUCCCCAGUGGACCUCCCCUCAUUUUCCAAUGUCCAGAGUUGGGAGAUAAAAAAAUACUGCUAUAAAUAUUUUUGUACAAGUGAGUCCCUUUCCUUUUUGUUUUUUUGUGUCUUUGUGAUACAGACUAAGUAGUGGCAAACUACUCUUCCUAAAGCACAGGUCUGACCAUGUCAGCCCCUUUCCUGUCCAAUCAACUUCAGUGGCUAUCAAAGCUUUUGACUCUUAAAAUCCCCCCAUAACCAGGAUCCUUCCUACAUUUCCAGUUUCCUUAUUUAGUAGUCUAUUCCAUAUACUCUGUGAUCCAGUAAUUCUAGCCUUUUUGCUGUUCUUCAUGUAAGACACUUUACCUCCCAACUCUGGACAUUUUCACUGGCUCUCUCCCAUUCCUGGAAUUCUCUCUCUCCUCUUCAACUUUUCAUUUCCUUGGUUUCUCUCAAGUUCUAGCUAAAACUUCACCCUCUGCAAGAAGCCUUUCCCAGUCCCCCAUAAUGCCUUUCCUUAGUUAACUAUUCUGAUUUAUCAUAUUUAUAUCUUGUUUGUACAUAGUUGCUUGAGUGUUCUCUCUCCCAAUAGACUAUCUUCUUGAGAGAAGAGAUUAGUUUUGCUUUUCUUUAUAUCCCCAGUGCUUAGUCCAGUGCCUGUGAAAGUGCUUAAUAGAUAGUUGACAUGUACACCAUUGGUAGUUGGUGUUGCAAAUGUUUUUAUGUAUCAUUGUUAUGGGUCAGAACUUUGUACUUAAAAAAGUAUUCUUACAAGAUGCUAACUCAGUGGAAUUGAUAAAGACAAUGGUUAUCUAGUUUAGCAUGGUGAUUAAUAGUUCUCUAGUUCAGUACAUGUACUUAGUACUUAAUAUAGUUCUACAAGAUUAAACCUAUGAUGAUGUAAUUAUAAUAGAGUAUAUAAUAGCCAGCAAGGACUGAGAAACAAAUUCAUUUCCAUCAUUCACCUUUGUGGUGGCUAAAGGCUGAAGCACAACUCCUCAGACUCAGAAAGAUUCAUUUCGUCUUCAUCAGCCUCGUGGUGGCUGGCCUGGCCUCCUGCACUUCUCCACUGAAACCAAGGACCUCCAGAAAACUAGCUGAAGCCCCAGGCAAGGAGACAAAGACUUUGAAGGAGAUAAUAAAGGAUUUGGAUUUUAAA